AUGUCAACUGACGAUGGCGCAAAGCGCGCGCAGGAAAUGAACGACGCCUUACUGGGAGUUCCAGGAUAUGCAGAUGACACAAUGUUCUUCGUGGCCCGCUAUGGCCACAAAUGCCAGUCUACUCUCCGCAAAGCAGAUUUCGAUACCGUGAUCCAGACCACGACGGAGCUGUCGAUAGCCAUGUCCAAGCCAAAUAAUCAGACGCGGGUUUCAGAGCUUCGCGCCAAGGUCAUGGAGAUUCUAGAACCGUUUCCCGAGCUGGCGCAAGAUUACGACAGAUUUGCGGCGAGCGCAAGGUCAACUGCCGCGUCUCUGGGAGCCAGAAGGAAAUAA